AAACGGCAGCCUGCUGUGUGUGUCCAUGUGUUGAAAAUGGCCGCCAACUGGAUGCAAUCGUAUUUCGAAGAGUUUUAAAAAAAUAUUGAAGUGUUCCUAAAACAAUCGAAAAAACAAAAGAUUCCAUUUUUAAAGACAAUAACAAUGUUGUUUCACAGAUUGUUCGUUCGAAGAGACCCGUCGCGUUUGAAAUGUUUGUUGAAACAAACGCGUUAUACAUCAUCACAAGUGGCACCUCAGCCUGAGCUCUUCGGCUCGGGUUUGGACAUGAGGUUAUCGCCGCACAGGCCGAAAAAGCCGACUCGUGAGCCAUUCGCGAAAAAUUUAUUUGUCGGAAAAUUUGAUACAGAAAUAUUAACGUACCCGGAAACACAGUCGCAUGAGCGACAUCGUGAAUUUUUCGAGUGGCUCCAACCAAUUGAGGAAUACAUCAGAGAACGAGUGGAUGCACAAGAAAUCGACAGAACUGGGACAAUAAAAGAAGAAAUAUUCGAUGAUUUAAGAAAAUUAGGGGUAUUUCGAGCCCCUGUGGAAGAAGUUUAUGGAGGUCUGGGUCUCAACAACAGUGAAUAUGCUAAACUCGUUGAAACCCUAUCAGCUGUUCCAGUGUUGGGAAGUUUUAUGGUCAAAAGAGCAGCUGUAAUCCAAUUUAUUCGAAAAUUUGGUAAAGAGGAACAAAAGGCAGAUUUAUUACCGAAAAUAGCACGCGGUGAAUUGAGACCAAGUUUCUGUUUCUCCGAGACUUCCACAGGCUCUGUAGCUGAUCCUCUAAAGAGUAAAGCUAUACCAACUCUCUGUCAGACUGCAAUAGACAUUCGAGCUGAUAAAUCUCUCGUUUUUGAUGCUUCGAAAGCAAAUCUGUUUGUUGUAAUUGCUCCACUGCAAACAGCAGAUAACUAUGUCAAAAAAGAAUUGUUGAGUGCCUUUAUAAUUCCAAGAGAUUCACCUGGUAUAGAAAUAUCAGAACCCAUCAGAAGUUUGGGACAGAAAGGCAUAGAUCUCAACGAUGUUAGCUUCAAUGUAAAAAUCCCUUCGGAAGGACAGUUGGGGAGCGGUGUUGCUGAGGCUGAUAUUUUUGUCACAGCAAUGGGAGAAGGAAGAUGCAUAGGUGGUGCUCAAGCUAUCGGCAUUACAAAACGUUUUUUGAAUCAUCUAUGCGAUUAUUUGAAAGAAACUAAAAAUUUCAACAGCCAAAUACAACGAGAGGACUCCAUGCAUAAUAUUAUAGGAAGAAUCGCCACAAAGCUUUAUGCUAUGGAAGCUGUGACUUAUUUGACCACUGGCAUGAUCGAUAACUUUGAAAACCAAGAUGCUGCAGUUGAACAAUCAUUGGUGGAAUGUUAUUGUAAUCGUUUGGCAAGGGAAGUGAUCUUGGAAGCUUUGGGGUUACUCGGAGCUCGUGCAUACAAUACUAACCAACCAUUUGAACUAAUCGUUAGAGAUUUUUUGGUGCUAGGAAAUUAUGGAGCUCCUCAUAUUGAUACCAAGAUAUUUGCUGCUUUGAUGGGGCUUCAACAGGCUGGUCAAGUUAUUACAGAUAAAGUCAAAACAUUGAGAAAUCCAUUCUUCCAGCCCAUUGAACUUAUCAAAACAGCGCUCUCCAUUCAGCGAAGAAAAAAAUACCAUCUUGACCAGUAUCUUCACCCUUCAUUGCGAGUAGCCAGUAAAUCGCUUGAAAUUUCAGUAAACAAAAUGAAGGAGUGUGUUGAAACACUGUGUGUUAGACACGGUCUUCACGUAGUCAAUGAAAGGAUGGAGCUGGCGAGAUUGACCGAUAUUCUCAUCGAAAUUUAUGCUAUGACUGCAGUAGUGGCUAGAGCUUCACGAGCCUACUGCAUUGGGCUUAAAAAUUGUGAUGACGAAGUUCAAAUCGCAAUGUACUAUACUUAUCAAACUUACGAAAGAGUCAAUUCCCUUGUAACGGAACUUGACGAUGGAAACUGGUCCAACGGAGAUAUUGUACUGAAGAAUGUUGCCACAACUAUUUUUCAGCAAAAACAAUACUUCGCUGCACAUCCGUUGGAGCGUACUUUUUAAGUUGAAAGAAAAUGAAGAAGCAGCCGCAAUACGGGGAAUGACCAUUAACAGCAACAACGGUCACUUUGCUAGAAAAUCUUAGACAUCGGCCCUCUAUUCUUCAUUCUUGUAAAAACUAAAUAAGGAUUUAAAAAAAUAAUAACGUUUCAAUAAAUACGUGAUAGGUUGAAA